AUGCCAGGUCAUCCCUGGUGGCCAUCUUUAGUUUACAACCACCCCAAGGAAGACACUUACUUCAGAGGAAAGGGCAAGUCUCUUCAUGUUCAUGUGCAGUUCUUUGAUGACCCACCAUCUAGAGGAUGGAUAGGUGCGAACUAUGUGAAAAAUUACUCAGGUUCCUAUGCUGCAGACGCCAAAAAAGGGGGAAUGUUUUUUAGUACCAGGCUGGAAAUAACUAAAGCAAUGAAAAUGGCAGAUGAUGCAUUGAAAACCGAAAAGGAUAACAGACUUGCACUGGCUGUUUGCACAGAACCUUCUGAUUCUGAGGAGGAAAUGGAGGUGGAGGAGAGUUCUACUGUAAGUGAUGGAGAAACGCCAGAAAGAAAAUCAAACCGACCAGCUCGUCAAAGUAAGAGUAAUGGGAAGAGCAAGAGGAGAAGAAUAAUGAUUGCGUCUGAUAGUGAAGAUGAGUGUUCUGAUGACGAGUUCAGCCUGAUGAAGCCUGAUGAAAAGGAUUCUGGGAGCAGUGAUGAGGCAAGCAGCGGUGUGGACGAAGGGGCGAUUUCUUCAUCAGAGAAUGAAGCGGAGGAAGACAGUCCAGUAAAGGUUCCUGUCAAACGCAAGCGAGGUGCUGGUACUUCCAAGACUCCAGCUUCUAAAAAGAGUCUGCAAAAUGAGAUUUCAGAAACGCCAAAAAGAACAAGCAAUGUAUCUGCAGAGGUCAAAUUAAAGCUGUCCUCUUUCUCUGCCCCAGAAUCCUUUGAGUCUCAGUCAGCUGCAGGUGCUGCUGGGGGUGUUACCGUUUGGGAACAUGAAAAGUUUGAAUGGCAGCAGGAUGGGCGGAGAAAAGAUGCCAAUCGCAGAAAACAGAGCGAUGAAAAUUAUGACCCAACAACACUGUAUGUUCCAGAUGACUUCCUCAAUAAAUGCACACCAGGAGUGAGGAAAUGGUGGCAGCUCAAAUCUCAAAACUUUGACACCGUCAUAUUCUACAAAGUUGGGAAGUUCUAUGAACUGUACCACAUGGAUGCUGUUAUUGGUGUCAAUGAAUUGGGUUUGACCUUCAUGAAAGGAGCUUGGGCUCACUCUGGUUUUCCGGAGAUUGCUUUCGGACGUUUCUCUGAUGUACUUCGUACAGAAAGGAUACAAAGUAGCCAGGGUAGAGCAGACAGAAACCCCAGAGAUGAUGGAGGCACGUUGCAAGUCCUUGUCUCAUCCAACCAAAUAUGAUCGAGUGGUACGGAGGGAAAUAUGUCGAAUUAUUACAAAGGGGACCCAGACCUACAGUGUUCUUGAUGGAAACCCCUCCGAAAGUCAUAGUAAAUAUCUUUUGAGCUUUAAGGAAAAGGCAGAUGAUUCCUCUGGGCAUCAAAGAAUAUAUGGUGUGUGCUUUGUGGACACCUCAGUGGGCAAAUUUCACAUUGGUCAGUUUCACGACGAUCGCCAUUGUUCACGGUUCAGGACUCUAGUAGCCCACUUUCCUCCGGUUCAGAUAUUGUUUGAAAAGGGCAACCCUUCAUCUGACACAAAGAAGGUUCUUAAAAGCGGUUUGUCCACAGCAAUUCAAGAGGGUUUGCAGCCUACCUCUCAGUUUUGGGAUGGCACAAAAUCACUAAAGACCUUGGCUGAGGGAGGUUACUUUGUGAAAGAAGGCAAAGGUGACCAUGAUGAUGGAACCUUGCCCCCGUUAUUAAGAACAUGACUUCAGACAGCGACUCGCUGGCACUUACCCCUGGAGAUAAGAGUGAGCUGGCUCUUUCUGCUCUUGGGGCAUGCAUUUUUUACAUGAAAAAAUGUCUAAUCGAUCAGGAGCUGCUCUCUAUGGGCAACUUCGAAGAGUAUGUUCCUGUUGACAUGGACAUUGAAAAAGCCACAAGCUCAACCAGUUUCUUUGCUAAAACCAGUCAGCGAAUGGUUCUUGAUGGGGUAACACUAACCAAUCUAGAACUGUUACAGAAUGGGACGAAUGGGUCCACCGAAGGCACACUACUGGAAAAACUAGACACAUGCUUUACUCCUUUUGGAAAACGCCUCUUAAAACAGUGGCUUUGCGCACCCCUGUGCAAUCCUUAUUCAAUUAACGAUCGCCUAGAUGCACUGGAAGAUCUCAUGGCUAUCCCAGAAAAACUGACUGAAGUGGGAGAUCUCCUGAAAAAACUUCCAGAUCUGGAGAGACUACUGAGCAAAAUUCACAGCAUUGGCUCACCGCUGAAAAGCCAGAACCAUCCAGACAGCCGAGCUGUAAUGUACGAGGAGACCACGUACAGUAAAAAGAAGAUUGCAGAUUUCCUUUCUGCCCUGGAAGGUUUUAAGGUGAUGCGUGAAGUCAUCAUGGUCAUGGACGAUGCUGUUGAUGGUUUUAAGUCCAAUAUCCUCAAGCAGGUUUUGGCUCUUAAAGAUAAACAUCCUAAAGGUCGAUUCCCAGACUUAUCAUCUGAACUGAAGAGAUGGGACACUUCAUUCGAUCAUGAGAAGGCUAGAAAAACUGGGGUGAUUACCCCUAAAGCUGGCUUUGACCCUGACUAUGACGAAGCACUGAGAGAUAUCAAGACUGCAGAGCAGAAUCUUACAGACUAUCUGGAGAAACAACGCAAGAGGCUUGGGUGUAAAAGUAUAGUUUACUGGGGUACGGCAAAGAAUCGCUACCAAAUGGAAAUACCAGAGAGUGUAACGGAGCGCAAUUUACCAGAGGAGUACGAACUCAAAUCCACCAAGAAGGGCUACAAACGUUACUGGACCAAGACUAUUGAGAAGCUUUUUGGUGACCUGGUGAAUGCAGAGGAGCGCAGGGACGCAGCACUUAAAGACUGCAUGAGGAGGUUGUUUUACAACUUCGAUAAAAACUGCAAAGAGUGGCAGACAGCCGUAGAAUGCUUUGCUGUGCUUGAUGUCCUCAUGUGUUUUGCUCAGUACAGCCGUGGUGGUGAUGGACCAGUUAGUAGGCCUGUCAUAGCUUUGCCUGAUGAUACGUCACCUUUUUUGGAGCUUAGAGGGUCCCGUCACCCCUGUAUUACAAAAACCUUUUUUGGAGAUGACUUUAUUCCAAACGAUGUUGUGAUUGGUUGCAAGGAAGAGGACUGCGAUGAGGACAAUAAUGGCGCCAGCUGCGUACUCGUGACGGGUCCUAAUAUGGGUGGGAAAUCCACUCUGCUCAGACAAGCUGGUCUCCUGGUGGUCAUGGCACAGCUGGGAUGUUAUGUACCUGCUGAGGUCUGUAGAUUGACUCCUGUGGACAGAGUGUUUACACGACUGGGAGCGUCAGACAGGAUCAUGGCAGGUGAAAGUACAUUUUUUGUGGAGUUGAGUGAAACCUCCAGCAUACUUCAGCAUGCAACAGAACAUUCCCUUGUGCUUCUGGAUGAACUUGGUCGUGGCACGGCUACAUUCGAUGGAACAGCUAUAGCUAGUGCUGUUGUAAAAGAACUCUCUGAAAGGACCAGAUGCCGCACGUUGUUUUCAACACACUACCACUCCUUGGUGGAGGAUUACUCCCACACACCCGCGGUACGGCUUGGUCAUAUGGCCUGUAUGGUUGAAAACGAGUGUGAAGAUCCCAGCCAGGAGACCAUUACUUUCCUAUACAAGUUUAUCCAGGGGGCCUGUCCAAAAAGCUAUGGAUUCAAUGCAGCAAGACUGGCUAAUAUACCAGAUGAUAUCAUUCAGACGGGUCACAGAAAAGCAAGGGAGUUUGAAAGCAUCAUGCUGUCUGUGAAGAUAUUCAGGCAGUUGAACACGUUGCUGGAGGAACAUACUUGGGAUUUGCAAGCGAUCAACAAACUACUGGAAAUGCUUUAA